AUGGGCAAAAGCGUCGACAACACUACAACCUCCCCAAACCCUAGCCCCACUCCCUUCUCCUACAUCGCCUCUAUCAAAAGCCAUGUCCCUGUUACCCUUGAUCUGCAGGAAUCCAACUACGCCAAGUGGCGGGAACUCUUCCUCGUCGCGCUCGGGCGCUACGGCCUCACCGCCCACGUCCUCGGCACCACCGGCGCUACGCCAUCGGACACGUCGCCCACAUCUGACUGGGCACGGGACGACUACACCGUCCUCUCCUGGAUCUAUGGCUCGAUCUCCUCCGAUCUCCUCGGCAUCAUCAUGGCCCCUGGCUCCACGGCGCGGCAAAUCUGGGACGCGCCGGCCAGCCUCUUCCACGACAACAAGAAAAGCCGCGCUCUCGCCAUCGACGCGGAGUUCCGCAACACCCCGCAAGGAGACAUGAGCGUCCACGACUACUGCUCCAAACUCAAGUCCUUCGCCGAUGCCCUCGCCGACGUCGGCCAGCCUGUCUCCGACGAAACCCUCGUCCUCACGGUCCUCCGCGGCCUCAACGAGAAGUUCAGCCAUCUCCGCUCGUUUCUCCCGUACCAGGUGCCGUUUCCCACCUUUCUUCAAACACGAUCUGCUCUUGUCCUUGAGGAAGCACAGAAGAAGACCGACGCCAAGAAUGCGGCUGCCUCCGCGCUCUGGGCCAGCGGCAACAGCAUCAACACGCACGCUGGUGGCGAGCGUGCUCCUUCGGCUGGACGUGGCGGUGGCUCAGGCAGCACCGAUCCCCGUCCCCCUUCGCCCUACCAGCCUGGCCUCUUCAUCAACUCUGGCCGUGGUGGGGGCUACGGUGGUCGCCGUGGUCGCGGCGGUGGCCGUGGCCGCGGCCGCGACAACAACUCUCCCUGGAUGUACAAUCUGUGGACCGGGCUCCCGACCCGGGCCGCGCAGCAGCAGCAGCAACUCCAGCUCGCCCCAUGGCAGCCACGCUGGCGCGCACCCACGGCCGGCGUUUUGGGCCCCCGCCCCGGUCACCAAGCCUACACCGCCACCGGACAGCAGCUUCCUCCCAUGACGCCGACCUGGAACAACGGUCUGAUGAUUCCUCCCCAGCAACACGUCUCGCAGCAGCAGCUCGACCCAGCUCUUCUUACAGCACUUCAGAACAUGCACCUCCCCGGCAACCAAGAGUGGUUUAUGGAUUCAGGCGCCUCGUCUCACAUGGCAUCCGAUCAUGGAUCUUCUCACCAAGACCGUGAUUCUUCGAUGCAAUAGCUCCGGCCCACUCUACUCCCUCCGACCACCAGACGCUCAAGCUCUCCUCACCACUUCAUCCUUCGAGCUUUGGCACCGCCGCCUUGGACAUCCUGGCCACCACACCAUGCAGCGUCUCCACCAACAUCAACAAAUUCCACCAAACAAAGCAUCGUCGUCCUUAUGUCAUGCGUGUCAGUUGGGCCGCCACAUCAGGCUGCCCUUUUAUCCUUCGGAGUCCAUUAGUGUCAAACCUUUUCAAUUGUUACAUUGUGAUUUGUGGACAUCGCCUAUUCCUAGCACCUCUGGUUUUGGUUAUUACCUCAUUAUUGUGGAUGAUUAUACUCACUAUUUUUGGACGUU